CGCUAGUGCUGUUCGCCAUUAGCCGUUGACAACGAUGAAGAAGAAGCGGCUGACAGUCAAGCCGUUCUACAAUGUGAUUGGUUGUUUUUGCUGGAGGCGGAGCCAGACUUCAGCUGCAGCAGUACACAGAGGAGCGGCAGCGGCGGCCGACUGUGCUGUGACGGAGCGUUAUUGUUGUUUUACAUGAACUAAACACUACACGCGGUCGAGCACCCGCACGGUUCAACAGAAACGCAUCUGAAAAAGCCAGGCUGUUAUGGAGUCCUACGACAUCUUAGCUAAUCAGCCGGUAGUGAUUGAUAAUGGCUCAGGUGUUAUUAAGGCUGGGUUUGCUGGUGACCAGAUACCCAAAUACUGUUUUCCUAACUAUGUGGGACGCCCCAAACACGUGCGUGUGAUGGCAGGAGCCCUGGAGGGAGACCUUUUUAUAGGACCCAAGGCAGAGGAACACAGGGGUUUGUUGUCUGUACGAUAUCCCAUGGAACAUGGAAUCGUGAACGACUGGAAUGACAUGGAGAGGAUCUGGCAGUACGUUUACUCCAAGGAGCAGCUGCAGACGUUCUCUGAAGAGCAUCCUGUUUUGCUGACAGAGGCUCCGCUCAACCCUAGCAAGAACAGGGAGAAGGCUGCAGAGAUCUUCUUCGAAACCUUCAACGUUCCUGCACUCUUCAUCUCGAUGCAGGCUGUGCUGAGCCUGUACGCCACAGGUCGCACCACUGGAGUUGUUUUGGAUUCAGGAGACGGUGUCACCCACGUCGUGCCCAUCUACGAGGGCUUUGCCAUCCCACACUCAAUCAUGCGUGUGGACAUCGCUGGCAGAGACGUGUCUCGGUACCUGCGGCUCCUGCUGCGCAAGGAAGGCUACAACUUCAAUACCUCUGCAGAGUUCGAGGUUGUCCGCACCAUCAAAGAGAGAGCCUGUUAUCUGUCCCUCAACCCUCAAAAAGAUGAAACUUUAGAAACAGAGAAGGCUCAGUAUGUCCUGCCUGAUGGAAGCACCUUAAACAUUGGCCCAGCGAGGUUCCGCCGCGCUCCAGAGCUUCUUUUCAGACCUGACCUGAUCGGCGAUGAAAGCUCGGGCAUCCACGAGGUCCUGGCCUACGCCAUCCAGAAGUCUGACAUGGACCUGCGCCGCACACUGUUUUCAACUAUAGUGUUGUGUGGAGGCUCAACACUGAUCAAAGGAUUUGGGGAAAGACUAUUAACUGAAGUGAAGAAGCUUGCACCUAAGGAUGUGAAGAUCAAGAUCUCAGCUCCUCAAGAGAGACUCUACUCCACAUGGAUUGGUGGCUCAAUCCUGGCCUCACUGGACACCUUCAAAAAGAUGUGGGUGUCGAAGCGGGAAUAUGAAGAAGACAGAGCACGUGCCAUCCACCGGAAGACCUUCUAGUUUGGGACAGCCUUUCUGGAAACCCCCCUCAAAACGGCCCUCAACACCCCUGCCCCUCCCAUCCUCCAUCAUACUGUCGGGGACUGCUGCACUCCUGCACCUGCCAUCUCCUUUUUAACCACUCUCCACCUCCUGUGUUGUCACCCUCCUACCUCACCUGACCCUCACCCCUCCCUGAAAAACACCUCUGUUUGUCUCUCCUCAUUUUGUUUUUUCUUAGUUUUUUUCUUUCCUCCUGCUGUCCGGUGACGGUAAAGGCACUCACCACCUCACCUCUCUCCCCCCCAGCUUCACCACCUUUUACCGCAAGGGGGCCAUCAGGGUACAUCAGAGGGCAACAAUUAGCACUGUGGACUCCUUUGUUGAGUUCACAGCCAAGUAUUGGUGUUGCUCUCUCACCCACAAUGCCCUGUGAGGUGUACAAUAUCAUGAAUUGUCAAUAAACGUGAAUGUUUUUUUUUUAUUUGCUACUCUUUAAAAUGUCCAUUCCAAAAGCAAAGUUUUAGAUUUUUAUUUUACACCAAUUUUGUAGGACUUUUCUUUAUUUAGUCUCUGAUGUGGGUGAGCUCAUACAGCACAGAACAAGGAUCUGAACGGCUACAGCAGCGUACAGUGCUAGUGGUGUAAAAGACAACAACUGUAAUAUAUUCAUAUUGGCCUUAUCUGCUCAGUUACUUAACGUUAAUGCGGUUUAUUUAUCAACAUUGGAACUUUGCAUAGAUUAGCUCGUUAUCAUCAUGUCAUUGUUGUAAUGGUCAUUGUGAUCAGUGAAGGACAGUCAUUUCAAUUUCUCCCGUCUCCUCCGACUGACACAGGUCUGUGUGUUGUGCUGCAACCAGUUUUCACAAGAACAGAUUUUUUUAGCCUCAACGUCCCCCCUGUACAACUUGCUUUCAGCUUUUUAUUUGCCACAAAGACAAUUCUAUAAUUUCUUACGAUUCGCCUUUGAUUUGUGGGCAGUCAGAAAUAUUAAGUAGAUGAUCAAGCAGAGGCUUUGAAAGCCCUGACGGAGAUGGUGCUUAACGGUAGAGUGGAACAUUUGGAACUAAAGCAUCAGGAAAUGUAGGGCUGCACUUUGUUGAACGUGGCAACACGUUCACUCAAACGUACUGUUUUAGCAGAUAUCUGGACUAAAGCUCGAAAAAUAUUUUUUGAUUAAAUUACAAUCAUGCGCAAAGUGGACUUUGUGCUUGUUUACAGGCGUUGGUUGAAUUGGAUAUAUCUAAAGAUGCAGCUUAUCAAGUGAAAACUCGGUCGAAUUUGCCUUUUUUGAAGAAGUGACAGCUUUACACACCUUUGUUGGUGACUCUUUCAGAUUUCUUCAAAGCUCCAGGCGUCAAUGUCUUUAGUGAGAACUCUUCAGUCAGCUACAGGAAGCCAGGACCGUCAACAAAUAGUCCUCAUAUUUCCCCUCACUCUUCUCUCUGUCUCUCUCCAUUUCCAUGUCUGUGUACUUUGUUUGGCUCUUAUGAUUUCCCUGCAUCUCGGUGGCAGUGAAGCGGUCAUGUUCACACCUUAUGCCAACUGUGUCCACGCUGCAGCAUCACGGAUGAUUUGGGAGAAAACAAAGAGAAUAAAUAGGUAAAGUCUCAUCAGCCUUGUGUACAGUGACGUGCUGUUCGACAACCACAACAGAUUGGUCAACAGACAACCAAUGUACAAAACUGUUUAUUCCAGUGUUUGCUUUUACUUUUUCGUAAAUUCAAUAUAAUAAAUAAGUUAAUGGCUGCUGA